AUGAGUCAGAAUCUCAAGGGUUUGCUGCAAUCUGAAAUUGGUUCUGAUGUAACUUUUCAAGUUGGAAAUGAACUCUUCAGAGCCCAUAAGUCGAUUCUUGCAGCUCGAUCUCCUGUAUUUAAAGCGCAGUUCUUUGGAUUAGUGGGUAAUCCACACAAGGAAAAGGUAGCCAUUGAAGAGUUUGAUCCUUUUACCUUUAAGGCCAUGUUGUUAUUCUUAUACUCAGAUGAACUUCCUGAACCGCAUGAACUUUCUGAUUCAUAUUCCCUUUGCACUUCAAUUACAAUCGCGCAACUUUUAUUAGCUGCAGCAGAUCGUUUUGUUCUUGCUCGAUUGAAGCUCAUGUACGAGGCAAAAUUAUGUGAAGAUAUAAUCGCACGUACUGUGGCAGUAACACUAGCCCUAGCAGAAAGAUACCAAUGCCAAGAACUGAAAAGUGUUGUGAAGUCUGAUGGGUUCGCAAAUUUGGGGAAGAGUUAUCCCUCACUUUUGAUGGAUCUGUUGAUGACUAGUACAGUGUUGAAGGCUAGUUCUGCUCCUCCUAUGUCUCCUCUUUCUCCCAAUUGGCCUGAGUAUCCUAUGCUAUUAAUAUAG